UAUCCUCGCCGUCGUCGGCCGUCUCUUUCUCGUCGUCAAAAACGCCUCUGUCUCCGAGCCAUCUCUCUCUGUUGAGCACCACUUUCUGUGCGUAGUGCGAACGUACCCGUGCCGCCGUAGACUCUUUGCCGUCGCCUUUGUGAUUUGCAGCUUCGUACUCAGAACGCAUCCCUCGCAAUUCCAGCUACCUAUUAGGAUACAUAACUUUCUCAUAUCGCAGAGACAAAUUCAAAUCUGAACCAGGUCUUCGGAGAGAAGAAACCCGAGAACUUCACAGAUGGCGCCUCCAAUCCUUUCACUGGUUCUUCCCUCGGAGACUGGUCGAGUUCUCAGCAUUCAAUCUCACACCGUUCAGGGGUAUGUUGGUAAUAAAUCAGCUGUCUUCCCUCUGCAACUAUUGGGCUAUGAUGUGGAUCCGAUUAACUCUGUGCAGUUCUCUAAUCAUACAGGAUACCCUACUUUUAAGGGUCAGGUUUUGAAUGGACAACAACUCUGGGAACUAAUAGAAGGUCUUGAAGGAAAUGAUUUGUUGUACUAUACUCAUUUAUUAACAGGUUAUAUCGGUUCAGUCUCUUUUUUAGACACUGUAUUAGAAGUUGUUAGCAAGCUUCGCUCAGUAAACCCGAAACUUAUAUAUGUUUGUGAUCCAGUGAUGGGUGACGAAGGAAAACUUUAUGUUCCUCAAGAGCUAAUAUCAGUCUAUCGUGAAAGGGUUGUUCCAGUAGCUUCAAUGUUAACUCCUAACCAGUUUGAAGCAGAACUACUAACAGGAUUCAGGAUUCAAUCUGAAGAUGAUGGCCGGAAAGCUUGUAAUUUUCUUCAUGAGGCUGGACCAUCAAAGGUUGUAAUAACAAGUAUAAAUAUAGACGGGACUCUUCUUCUCAUUGGCAGCCAUGAAAAGGAAAAGGGAAAGCCUCCCAAACAAUUUAAGAUUGUGAUUCCAAAAAUACCAGCUUACUUUACGGGAACGGGAGAUCUCAUGACUGCACUUCUUCUUGGUUGGAGUAAUAAAUACCCUGACAACCUUGAGAUUACUGCAGAACUUGCAGUAUCAAGCUUGCAGGCUCUUUUGCAAAGGACACUCAAUGACUACAAAAGUGCAGGUCAUGAUCCCCGGUCAACCAGUCUAGAGAUCAGAUUAAUUCAAAGCCAGGAUGAUAUUCGCAGCCCAGAAAUCACAUUUAAAGCUGAAAUAUACAGCUAAUUGCUUAUGUGAUUUCAACAUUUAUGUGCUUACAAUAUUUAAACUUUUAUGAAAGGAUUUGUCAGUAGUUACAUUACAAGUAAUUAGGUAGACAAGUUGCUUCAUUUUUCACA